AAUACCGUAAUUGAAAAAAUGGCGGUGAAGUAAAUGACGCAGUUUUUGGAUUUACAAUUUGUUUAUUGUGAUUAAGAUAAAGUGAAAUUGAUUUAAUCAUGUCUGUCAUAUUGUAGAAUAAGUGCAAAGUUAAUUAAUAAAAGUGACAUUAGAAUUUUGUUUUGAAAGAUUUUGCUGUAGAAGUGGCGUCCGUGGCUUACAAUGAGUAAAAGACGCCGGGCAUCGUCGGUGGCGAGCCGUGGGGCUGAUGGUGAUGAUAGUGAUGAUGCUGUAGAAUUGAGUAACCCAGGACCACCACCUUCGCGUAAGAAGAAGAAAUUAGAGCCGAGUGAAAUAUGCCAACAGUUGUAUGACACCAUUCGCUCAUACAAAAAAGAGGAUGGUUCUCUUCUGUGUGACUCUUUCAUCCGAGCUCCAAAGAGACGCCAAGAGCCGCUGUACUAUGAAGUGGUUUCACAGCCAAUUGAUUUACUCCGAGUUCAACAAAAGCUAAAAACUGACACCUAUGAAGAUAUAGAGGAAUUAUCUGCGGAUAUUGAGUUACUAGUUAACAAUGCAAAGGCAUUCUACAAACCUGAUUCUGUAGAAUAUAGAGAUGCCAUAGAUCUAUGGAAACUUUACACACAGAGUAGGCAGACUCUCGAAAAUGGUGAGGAAAUAAAAACACCAAAAGUGUCCCGCAAUGGUUCCUCCAGUAGGAGAUCGGAUGUUGCAGAAGAUUUGUCAGAAACCUCUACCAACAAUGAAGAUGAUGUUUUUGAAGAACUGUUUAAUGCUGUAAUGACAGCAAAUGUGGACGGAAGACCAUUAUACCCUUCAUUCCAAUUUCUACCAUCAAAACGUCGUUAUCCAGAAUACUAUAAUGUGAUAGAAUCUCCGAUAGGCUUGAAAACUAUAGCACAGAAGAUACAAGCAGGUGAAUAUUCAACUCUGACGGAGCUGGAGAGAGAUCUAUUGCGGAUGGUCAGGAAUGCCUGCCUCUUUAAUGAACCUGGAAGUUCGAUUUAUAAGGAUGCAAAGACUUUGAAGAAGAUAAUCCAAGUACGUAAGCAAGAGAUUGACCAGCACGGACGGAGUGGUCCUCCGAAGACGUCAGAACGUAUCAGAAGCAAGCGGUCUUCUCGUGUUGUCCCCGUGCCCAGUAGCCGCGCACUCGCCAUUAUGGACCCACUAGGACCUGAUGACAGUGAACUCAAGCAUUCUGAUGACAGUGGCGGGGACAGUGACGAUGACAAAGUUGAUAACGAGGACACGCCGCAAUGGAAACUUCUAGAAACAGUUAAAAACCACCUUGGAUCUAAUGGCACACCAAUGGCUGAACCAUUCUGGAAACUUCCAUCUCGAAGAGAAUAUCCUGAUUAUUACAAGGAGAUUAAGAAUCCAAUGUCUUUAAAUCAAAUUAAAAAUAAAAUAAGACGCGGCGGCUACGGCACGGUGUCAGAAGUGGCGGGCGAUAUGAACAUUAUGUUUGAAAACGCCAAGCAAUAUAAUGUACCAAGUUCUAGAUUGUAUAAAGAUGCUGUUAAAUUGCAAAGAUUAAUGCAACAACGUGUACAAGAGUUGUUAGAUAUAGUGCAGAGCUCCUCUAGUGAUGAUGAAAGUCUAUCUUCGGUUAAGAACACGCAGACACAAAUUUCAACACCACGACCUAGAGGUCGUCCACGUAUAAAUCCAUUGCCAUCAUCCACACAAUCAACUCCGAGUUUACCUAAACCUAAUAUGCCGUUAAAGAAGAAACUACAUUACAUAUCUAAACAUUUGCUCGAGUUCACAUGUUCUGACGGCAGACAACCAAUGUUGUGGUUUAUGGAGAAACCCAGCAAGAAAUUAUAUCCAGAGUACUGUAAUGUUAUCGACAGGCCAAUUGAUAUGCUCACUAUUGAAGCUAAUAUCAAGAAUGACUGUUACAAUAGUAUAGAUGAGUUAGUCGCAGACUUUAGUUUGAUGUUUUCAAACUGUAGACAAUUCAAUGAAGAAGGUUCUAUGAUAUACGAAGAUGCAAUACUUUUGGAACGAUUUAUGAAUGAAAAGUUGAAAGAACUUAAUUCAGUAAGUUACGAGAAGAAAACCCCGGUAAAAACAAUCAAACCCGUGAAAACAAGGCAAUUGUCACCAUUUGAACAGAAACUGAGGACACUAUAUGGUGCUAUUCGAGAUUAUAGAGAUCCUAAAGCAUACCGACAACUUGCUUUAAUAUUCAUGAAGUCACCAAGUAAAAUAGAAUAUCCUGAUUAUUACGAGUUAAUAAAAAACCCAAUCGAUAUGGAGAAGAUCGCCCACAAAUUGAAGCAUGGCUCCUACAAUUCUGUUAACGAAUUGGCCUCGGAUUUCAUAUUGAUGUUUGAUAAUGCUUGCAAAUAUAAUGAACCGGAUUCACAGAUAUAUAAAGAUGCAUUGAUAUUACAGAGAGUUUGUUUGCAAACCAAACAAAAGUUAAGGGAAGAUGACGAUGCGGUACCCGAUGUGCCCUCCGCAGUACAAGACUUACUACUCACUUUGUUCACUUCAGUUUACAACCAUCAAGAUGAAGAGGGCAGAUGUUACUCAGACAGUAUGGCGGAAUUGCCGGAACACGACGAAGCCUCUAACGGCGAGAAAGUCCGCGCGAUAUCACUAGACUUGGUGAAGCGACGUCUGGAUAAAGGACUUUAUAAGCGUCUGGAUCACUUCCAACAAGAUAUGUUUGCUGUUUUUGAAAGGGCUCGUCGUCUGUCGCGCACCGACAGCCAGAUCUUCGAGGACUCUGUGGAGCUGCAGACGUACUACACGGAGCAGCGCGACCUGCUGUGCCGCGGCACGCUGCUCUCGCCCGCGCUCGCCUUCACACGCGACGCCAUCGCCACCAGCGUCGAGCUCGUCAAGCAGUGCAAGCUGCUGCAGGAGAACGACGACGAGGAUGAGACCAGGUCAAGUACAGACGAGUCGAUGCCGGCGGGCGCGGCGCCGCUCAAGACGCAGUACAACAAGGGAGACUUCGUCUACAUACAGCCUGAUAAGAGCAACAAGGAACCACCCUCUAUUAUGCUAGUAGAACGAGUCUGGACGAACAACGAGGGUAUUCCCAUGAUGUACUGCAAUAUUUACUUCAGGCCUCAAGAUACUUUCCAUGUGCGCACGCGCAAGUUCCUGCAACAGGAAGUGUUUAAGACGGAGACUCACCGCGCGGUGCCGCUCGACCAGGUCAUAGGACGCUGCUACGUUAUGAAUGUUAAGGAAUACUUCAAGUUCAGACCUGAAGGAUAUGCGGACAAGGACGUAUACGUGUGCGAGAGUCGGUACAGCACCAAGUAUAGAACGUUCAAGAAGAUCAAAGUGUGGGAGGGAGCGGAAAAGGAGGUCACCCUCAUACAAAGAGAUGUGCCCUUAGAGCCGAACAGGACGGUGUCAGUGUUCAGGGAGCGUGUGGAGAAGCACAAAGACGAAUUAGCAGAGCUUGAGGUUUUGGAGAAUAUACAGGAGAAAGAUAGACCAGACGUAGUGAUGUACAAUCCGCUGGGCACGGACGACGAGAACACGUACUACGAGCAGUACAACACGGUGUGCUCCGGCGUCGUGAAGACCGGCGACUACGUGUACGUGGUCACUGAUGGCGGCAAGCAGAUGAUAGCCCAAGUCGACACUAUAUGGGAGACGGGAGAUAACAAAUGUUACUUCCGCGGACCUUUCCUCAUCUUUCCCGCUGAAGUCGCGAAUGUUAUCAACAAGCCGUUCUACAAGCAAGAAGUAUUGUUAACGACGAUGCACGAUACAAGUCCGCUGGUGGGCAUCGUGGGCAAGUGCGCUGUGCUCGACUACGAUGAUUACCUCAAAUGUCGACCUACAGAGAUAUCUGAGAACGACGUGUUUGUGUGCGAGUCUGUGUACGACGAGUCCAGUCGCGUGGCGCGCAAAUUAAAGACUGGACUAAGAAAGUUUGAGCACACUAAGGAUGUUACUGUUGAUGAGAUUUACUUCUUCCCGAAGCCUUUGGGUCCGCCGGCGCUGGCUUCCGCGCAGGAGGUGCAUUCCACCUCUACCGCAUUCACACAGAAACCAUUUAACCCCAACAUCAAUAUUGAUUCAAUGGACGGGAAGCCGCAGUUCACCAACCUCAUCAACACGACGAUCGGUAGCCAGGAUGUGGAGAUGAUACUGGAGAACUCUCUCGACGACUCUUCUAUGGCCUCGCCGGCAACGCCGCUCUCCAUCGGUGGCAACAGUAACCCAUACAAUCCAUCGAUGACGCCGGUGAGCAACGAGCGCUCCAACCCCGCGACCACGCCCGCUACCAGCAAGAAGAAGAAAGAACAGAAGCAGAAGAUAGUCACAGGAUAUAUAUUGUACUCCAGUGAAGUCCGCAAAGCUAUCGUCGCUAAUAACCCGGAAUCCACCUUUGGUGAGAUAUCCCGCAUCGUGGGCAACGAGUGGCGCUCGCUGGCCGCCGCCACCAAGCAGAGCUGGGAGGAGCGCGCCGCGCGCUGCAACGAGGAGACGGCCGCGCGCCUCGCAGAGGAGAUGAGGGAACUCGCGCAGCACACUCCAAUGGAAAUGACAUACGAAUGUGCUUGGGACACUUGCGACUACCAAUUUGAAGAUCUCUCAGAUUGUAUGGAGCAUUGUAUUGGAGAUGGAGGAAAUAUGAUUGGGACAUUUAUUGAAACAAAGAAGAGCAAAUUGGAGCGUAAGUAUUUUUACAUCAUUUGUAUGUUAAUUGUUAUUUAUUUUGUUAUGUUUUGUUUCUUUUGCAGGAACUUUGUGCCGUCGAGUAAAAAGCCGGUGAAGACUUUUAUGAACAACUUCCGUAGCGGUAUCAUGUCCCCUGGAGCGUCGUUGUCGGGUAUGUCUCCGAUGGGUCGCAACAGUCCGUCUCCGGGCGCGGGCGGCGGCGGCUCCGCGUGCGGCGAGGGCGGCGCGGGCGCUCGCGCAGGCCCAGAGCCGAUAUUCGUAGCCGCACCCCCGCGGGCACAGCGGCUUACACACUCGGAAGCUUAUAUCAGGUACAUCGAAGGUCUACAUUCAGAGCAGAAGUAUAUCACACCUUGGGAGAAAUCUCUCACUCCGAUGCCAUCCAACCCCGACCCAGCUCACUUCAAUGUGCACAAACUGUCACAAUGGAUGUCAGAAGACGCUGUCAAUGGAUAUCUAGCAUAUGACAAGAAUCUCACAGACAGUGAUAUACAGAAAAUGGAUCAAAGCACCAAGAUAGUGAAAGCUAUAUGCGUACUCAGAGACUAUAUGAUGAGAGAUGCACUCGCUAUAUACAAGAAUAUGUGAAUUUAUGUUUUUAAGUAUUAAAGAUCAUGAUUUAAA